UGUGUGUGUGUGUGAGCGAGUGAGUACACACAUGCCCCCACAGUAGUCAUAAAUGGUAAAGCUGAGCUGGCAAGGAGGAAGUGAUGCGCUGACCUUAACUUAAAGCUAGGCAGAUAAAUAGGAGCUCUCUGCAUCCUUGGCUUCAGCACAAGUGUUUACUCCACACUCAGCAGCACAAGAAGAACACAGCACCUGACACUUACUGGGAUUUACACGGCACGUACCCUGAGAGAAAACAGAAUGAAGCUGGCUUUCGUGAUUCUCUGCCUGCUCGGAGCUGCCGGUGCAAAUCCAAUUUUGCACACGGAUAUGAUGGAGACCGCAUCGAACUCUUCACAGACCUCCUCGAUGUCUGCAUCUACUGAAGAAACCGUUGCCAUAGACCAAGAUAGCUCUCAGGAAAAUACUUCAGAGGACACCACCUCAGAAUCCAUGGAAUCGAAUUCAUCUGAGAAGACCUUGGAAACAAGCCAAAGCAACUCGCUGGAAGAACGGUUUGGCAAUGGAGAGGCUGGAAUGACCGUCGAUAACAGCCAAGGAAGCACAGAGAUCAUGCGCAAGAACUGGAUUCACGUCUUCAGCCCCCAGGACAUCAGUUCUGAAGACAACAGCACUUCGGCCAGCUUAGCGUUAGCUAGCAGCGAGAUCAGCAAAUCUAUGGAGAGCCCAGAGAAAAACUCCAAGAGCAUCAGCAGCAGUAGUGAGAGCAGUGAGUCUACUGAGGGUCAAGGCAACAAUUCAACAAGCAGCAGCAGCGAGAGCAGUGAGAGCAGCGAAAGCAGUGAGAGCAGCGAGUCCACUGAAAACCCGGAGAAGAACUCCAACAGCAGCAGCAGUGAGAGCAGUGAGAGCAGCGAGAGCAGCGAGAGCAGCGAGAGCCAAGAGGAAAAAUCCAGCAGCAGCAGUGAGAGCAGUGAGUCGAAUGAAAACCAGCAGAACGCUUCAGACAGCAGCAGUGAGAGCAAAAGCGUCGAGAACAGAUCAACGAUCGACAGCGAUGAGAACAGCGCCCUGAAAAGCAGCAACAGCUCCAGCAGCGAGAGUCACGAGUCCACUGAGACCACCGAGAGCACCGAAAGCAAACAGAGUCGCUCUAACGAGUGCCAGCCUGGAGCCGACAGCCAGGACUGCGACAGCGACAGCGACGAGUACGUCCUCCAGAACGUCGGAGACGACGGAACCAACGACCCAUUUGACGGCUUCCACGUGCCUGACAGCACCGAGCGCGAGGUCACCUUUAAGAGAUGACCGAAUAUGCUGAUAUUGUGAUUCAUUUAUAUAGCUAGUGCUAGUGACUCUGCUCUGAAAUGUGCAGUGUGGAAAUCCCUGGAGAGAAAUAUCAACAUGAUAAUGAAAGGAAUAAAAGGUGCAAACCUAUUCAUUCAAACCAAAGAAUAAUAAUUAUACAUAAAAUACAGUAUAAUCUGCAUCAUAAGCUAUGUGUGUUAGAGACCAUUUCCCGUGUGCAUUAUAAAUAACGAUACAGGCUUAUUAUUAAGACUUAUAAUACGUAAUCAAUAAUGUUAUAAAGCCGUAUCGGAAUUUGAUACUUGGCUUCUGAUUAAAAAAGAAAGAAUUUUAUAUAUACACAAAAGAAUUUUAUAGAUCUAGUCUCAGCAAGUUUUUCUGAUCCCGUUAGAUGAUUACUUAUUACGUAAAUUUAUUCUAAUACACUACAGGUAAAGAAUAUAAAGAAAGUUCUCAUUGCUUCACAUUGCAGCUCUCGGUUCCUUUCGUGCCGUAAUGUCUCCUUUGGGGUUUUUUUUGUUUGUUUGUUUGUUUGUUUGUUUGUUUGUUUUUUUUGCUUUAAAAUGUUUGAAUGUAACCGUGCCAGUACUCUCCUUAUUUGCCUUAAAUGAUCUUUUCAUUUUAUACGUCUGUGAUAAACCGACUUAUUUAUUGUACUUGAAUUUUAUUUUACAUGCAGACCUAUGAAAAAAUAUAUAUAUAAAUAAAUAAAAUAUGCCUUAUCAUA